GAGGGCGGCGAGGGGCCGUGGAGCACUGCAGCCGCCCGGCCCGCCCGAGCGGGAGGAAGCGAUGAAUAUUCAGAGAGGGAGGGGAGGAGAGGGGGCCGAGCGCUCGGCGCGGCUCCCUGCAGCCCGAGCCUCCUGACGCGCGGAGGAGGCAGAGGGAGCAGCCGGGGCCGCGCGAGCCGCGAGCCGGGCGCCACGCGCGGGGGGUGGGCGUCGUUUGCUCCGCCCCGCGAAGCCCCGGAGUGUCUAGGGACGCAGCCGCUCCCCGCCAGGCGCGCUAGGCUCCGCUGUGUGGCCGCCGCCGCCGCUGCCAUGUCCCCGGGGAAGCCCGGGGCGGGCGGAGCGGGGACUAGGCGGACUGGCUGGCGGAGAAGGAGGCGGAGGCGGCGGCUGGAGGCGGAGACGAGGGCGCCCGGCUUCGGGCACACGGCGGGGCGCGUCCAGGGCACGUUCCAGGGUGCGCAGGGCAUGAAGCCUGCGGCGCUGGAGACGCGGCCACCCCCGCGCUCACCCGGGCUCCGCUGGGCGCUGCUGCCGCUGCUGCUGUUGCUAAGCCUGGACCAGGUCCUGUGCACAGGUGCAGGUGCGGCUUCGAGCCCUGAAGCUGUCUCUAGCCCAGCCAGUGUGGAUUUAACAUGGAGGCACAACGAUUCAGCGGUUUCAGAGUACACGUACAGAAUAGAGAAUAAGAUGGAAAAGAACCUGACGUUUACUACUGAGAAAAACCAAAUGUCAUAUAACAUCACUCCAAUAGCAGCCAAUCAAACCUUCGGAGACCCCACGGACAAAAAUGUCACAACAGAACCUUUGCCGGUGACUGAUCUCCGAGUUGCCUUCAUGGGUGUGACGCAGGCCCUUCUCACCUGGAGCAACACAAAUGGCUCUGCCUCCUACCGGAUGCUUCUUGAAAGCUUUAGAAACUCCACAGAGUUGACUCCACAUUUACCCAUCAAUAUUUCAGGCCUGACGCUGGGGGCCCAGAGUAACUGUUCUUUCCCAGAAUCAAAGGAGACACAGAAUGACUUACUGGUUAAAGAAGAUACCAAUGGUAGCAAGAGAAGCCCAGUGGCCAGCCUCUGCCAACUCCACAGGAACUUUCUCGACUCUGUAGACCCUUCUUCUGUCCAGGGUCCCUCCCUAGAGGUCUUGCUCACUGGGCUAAAGCCGGAUACUGACUACAGUGCCGUCGUUUAUUCUCAAGCAGCAGACGGCACGGAAGGACGGCCUGGGAAUAAAGAAGUGUUUACAACAAAUUCAAGCCAGGUUUUUGACAUCAGAGCUGUGAACAUCAGUGCCACAAAUAUGACCCUGACCUGGAAGAUCAAGUAUAAUGAUGGGUCAUCUUUUCCCUACACCUACAAGAUACAUGUGGCUGGGGGGACUAAUUCUAUCAAUCAAACUGUCAAUAAGACUGAGGCUAUCAUCUAUGGACUCAGCUCGAGCACCUUAUACAACAUCACAGUACGUCCUUUCCUGAGUCACAUCGAGGGCACACCAGGCUUCCUCCAAGUAUAUACUUCCCCUGGUCCGGUUUCUGACUUCCAUGUGACAAAUGUCAGCACAAGGGAAAUUGGUUUGACUUGGAAAAGCAAGGACUCACAGUCAUUUAGGAUCCUUGCCAUGCAGAAGGGAAGUGAGAAGAGCGGAAAUUAUACAACUGGAAAUCAGAGCUUUACCAUCAAAGAAUUAGAGCCUGGAACCACUUAUCAUUUUGAAAUAUUUCCACAAGGACCAGAUGGGACUGAAGGGCCAUCCAGAACAGUUGACGGCAGAACUGACCGCAGUGCUGUGAUCAACAUCCAAGUGGUCAGUGUUGGCACCAGUGAGAUGCAGCUGAAGUGGGGGAACACAGACGGUGCUUCUAGGUACCACUACCACUACCACAUAGUUCUGGUGUCUGAACACAGCCCCCACAAGAACACCAACACCACUGUUUCUCAGGAAGCCGUCACACUAAAGGGCCUCGACCCAGGCACCUUAUAUAAUGUCACAAUCUCUCCAGAAUUGGACCGGGUCCAAGGUGACUCCAGCUCCAUUACCCAGUACACACGGCCCAGCAAUGUGUCUGACAUUGAAGUAAGCGCCAACACCACUGUGGCGGUCAUCGGGUGGAAGUGUUUGGACCCAGCCCCUGCUAAGUUUUCCUACUGCCUUAUCUUGAAGGCUGGAGACGGCAGCAAUGUAACUAAGAUGGUCAUAGACACUGGAAUCACUUCUGUGACAAUCGCUGACUUAAUCCCUGGCUCCCUUUACACAGUGGAGAUCUAUGCAAAAAUUGGGAAUGUUACAGCAUCACCUGGCUGGAAGUUGUUCUGUAUGGAACCUGCACCAGUGGCCUUCUUCUACUGUGAGAUGGUCCCUAAGGAGCCAUUUCUGGUCCUGAAGUGGCCCUGUCCCCCCGGCGUGAAUACAGGCUUCAAGCUAGGGGUCAGGAAUGACACUUGGAACUAUAUGAUACAGCUGGAAAACUGCACUUCAGAGAAUGACACAGAAUGCAAGAAAAAAGUACCAGAUUUGACGUUUUCUACCUCGUACAACAUUAGCAUUGUCACCUUGUCAUAUGGAAGAAUGGCAGUCCCCACCCAGAGCACCUGCACCACUAGCAUCACAGACCCACCUCCUCCAGAUGAAUCCCCUAAUAUUACAUCUGUCAGUCACAAUUCAGUAAAAGUUAAGUUCAGUGGUUUUGACGCCAGCCAUGGACCUAUCAAAGCCUAUGCCAUCGUUCUCACCACUGGGGAAGCUGGCCAGCCUUCUGCAGAUGUUUUGAAGUACACAUAUGGAGAUUUUAAAAAGGGGGCCUCGGAUACUUAUGUGACAUACCUCAUAAGAGUAGAAGAGAAGGGACGCUCUCUGGGCUUGUCUGAUGUCUUGAAAUAUGAAAUCAAUGUGGGGAACCAAUCCACCACCUUCGGCUACUACAAAGGGAGGCUGGAGCCUCUGGGCUCCUACCGGGUGUGUGUUGCUGGCUUCACCAAUAUUACUUACAGCCUUCAGAAUGGUGGACUCAUCAGUGGGAAUGAGAGCUAUGUUUCUUUCAGUCAGUAUUCGGAUGCUGUGUUCCUGCCUCAAGAUCCAGGUGUCAUCUGUGGAGCAGUGUUCGGAUGUAUCUUUGGUGCCCUGGCCAUUGUGGCUGUGGGAGGCUUCAUCUUCUGGAGAAAGAAAAGGAAAGAUGCCAAGAAUAAUGAAGUGUCAUUUUCUCAAAUUAAACCUAAAAAAUCCAAGUUAAUUCGAGUGGAGAAUUUUGAGGCCUACUUUAAGAAACAGCAAGCUGACUCCAACUGUGGGUUUGCAGAGGAAUACGAGGAUCUGAAGCUGAUUGGAAUAAGUCUACCUAAAUGUACAGCUGAAGUAGCUGAGAACAGGGGGAAGAAUCGCUAUAACAAUGUCCUGCCUUAUGAUACUUCUCGAGUCAAACUUUCAGUCCAGACCCAUUCGACGGAUGACUACAUCAAUGCCAACUAUAUGCCUGGCUAUCAUUCCAAGAGAGAUUUCAUUGCCACACAAGGUCCUUUACCCAACACUUUGAAAGAUUUUUGGCGUAUGGUUUGGGAGAAAAAUGUAUAUGCCAUUGUUAUGUUGACCAAAUGUGUGGAACAGGGAAGGACCAAAUGUGAGGAAUACUGGCCUUCCAAGCAGGCUCAGGACUAUGGGGACAUAACUGUGGCAAUGACCUCAGAGGUUGUUCUUCCGGAAUGGACCGUCAGAGAUUUCGUGGUGAAAAAUAUGCAGACAAGUGAGAGUCAUCCUCUGCGGCAGUUCCACUUCACCUCCUGGCCUGACCACGGUGUUCCUGACACCACAGACCUGCUCAUCAACUUUCGUUACUUGGUCCGAGACUACAUGAAGCAGAUACCUCCUGAAUCACCAAUCCUGGUGCACUGCAGUGCUGGGGUCGGAAGGACGGGCACGUUCAUUGCUAUCGAUCGUCUGAUCUAUCAGAUAGAGAAUGAGAACACUGUGGAUGUGUACGGUAUCGUCUAUGAUCUUCGGAUGCACAGGCCUCUGAUGGUACAGACAGAGGACCAGUAUGUGUUCCUCAAUCAGUGUGUCUUGGAUAUCAUCAGAGCCCAGAAAGACUCCAAAGUUGAUCUCAUCUAUCAGAACACAACCGCGAUGACAAUCUAUGAAAACCUCGAGCCAGUGAGCAUGUUUGGAAAGACUAACGGUUACAUCGCCUAGUUCCAAAGCAAACGCUUUCCGUCACACCCACAGUGAAGGAAAAUGCCCUGAUGUGGACAUGUGUUUAUAUGUCUCAUUUCUCAGUUCUUUGUUCUGCUCCGUUAGAACUAACUGCCUUGGAGGGCCUGAGGCUGUGAGUGUAAAACAUGGCAGACAGGGAGUUAGGGCUGUCAGGAGCUAUGGACAGGUGACGUAUCAGUCAGCUGCAUUCCUGAUUACCCAUGUGUUGGGUUCACUUUUUUUCCCCUUGAGAAUUGUGGAAAAACCAGGAAAAGUGAGCUACAAUUUUAUUUUUCUUUUCCAAACAGAUUCGUUCUCUCUCUCUUUCUCUCUCUCUCUCCCUCCCUCCCUCCCUCCCCCCCCCCCCCCCCCCCCCCCCCCCCCCCCCCCCCCCCCCCCCCCCCCCCCCCUCUCUCUCUCCCCCUCUCUCUCUCUCUCUCUCUCUCUCUCUCUCUCUCUCUCUCUCUCUCUCAUUUUUUUAGGACUUUUCUGUGAUUCACAUGCUAAAGUCAGGCUUGUGUUGGGUUGGAUAUAUUUUAAGUAUCAGAGGUCUAUUUUUACCUCCUGUAUCUUGGAAUCUAGCUGAUGGAAAUACAUGACUGUGGGUGUUUACCAUGCAGGGAGGGGCACGCGGGGCCUUUUCUGCCUGGGUUUCUAUUUGAACAUGUGCCUUUUUUGAAUUAUGCUUCCACAGGCAAAACUCAGUAGAUAUCUCUAUUUUUAUAUUGAAUCUCAUAAUUGGAGUAUACAGAAUAUUUAAAUGGUAACUUAGUAUCAGAGGUUUGCCUUCUCAGUAACAUUCCUGUUCUCAUUUGAUUAGAGGAGGCUUUCUCUGUGACCCAUUUUUCGCAUAGAUUUGUAUUCCAUUGUUUUUCUUUUUUUUUCCCUCCCAGUUUUCUUCAAAGAUUUCUGUUGGUGACAUUUUCAUCCCAUCACUUGGUUGAGAAUAGAUACUCUCUGUGGAGUGGGGUGGGGUGGGGUGGGGUUGGGAGAGAGAGAAAUUGUCAUACCACGGCAUACACCCCUUCCCACCCCGUCUUCUACUUUCUCUCAUUUCCGUCUUUGGUAAGAAGGAUUAUUUAAAGGUGCAAUAUGUGACUUAGUGGUUCACGAUGCUCUGGGUUUUUAGUAAUGUUUUACUCAGGUUGGCAUUUUACGUAUGUCUGUGUUUAUGUGUGUGUAUGUCUGUGUGUGUGUGUGUGUGUGUGUGUGUGUGUUUUAUAGCAUGAUGAUCUGUGAACAUUUCAGUGUGAACUCAGAUUAACCCCCUUUUCCCCCGAAGUCCACUGGCUUUAGACUCUAUCUGCAGUGACACACAUCAGUAUCUACUGUAUAUAUAAAUACUAAACUCUUACACCAGUCAUUCCUAUGAAUUGAGGUGUACAAAGUUUGAUUUGUAUCAAAGAUGUAAUUAUUAUUUUUAAAACCUCUUUUCACUACACUGCUGCUGUAAUUACUUUGAGUUUUAAAGAAAAUGUAGAUUCUUGUUUUGCUUCAGGUGUGUAUUCACCAAGAAUUUUAGAAUUUAUGAGGAUUAUUUUAUUGGUACAUAAUCUGUAAACUUCUCAAGGCAUUAACAUGACAAGAUUUGUGUCUUUUAUAUUGUAGCUCAGGUUAUAUUUGAGGAAGUUUUGAGUUUAUUCUCCAGUAGGCAAUGAAGUAUAUAAGGUCUUAUGAAGGAAUCACAAGUCCCUGGAGCCCUAGGGCUGUUUUCUACUGGAUGUUUGUGACAGUGGUCUCCUGUUGAAGAUGAGAGUGGGGUCUUCUCCGAGGUCCUGGCCACUGUGGGCCCCGGGGUGGCCUUCUGGCAUUCUGUACUCUGCACUUCACUCAGCAGCACUUUGAUGACUGUGUGUACAUGAUCAUGAGUGUUUGAGGGUCCUAGAGGGUGAACCAUGGUGCGUGAUCAGAGUUAGUGCUGUAUGUGUUCUGCCGCCUUUCCUUCCAGGUACUGAGAGAAUUGAAAGGAGGCUCAGAAUGUCGUCGUGCUUUGGGGGAGAAUUUUGCUUCUCAAACGGAAACUGCACUUUUUGCCAACUCCUUUGUGUUUUAAUGUCCAUUUACUGUCAGGUCUUUCAAGGAAAGGACUAGCCAGGGCGGGUUGGGCCCCUUGACUCCACCUCACCCGGGACUUUGACAUUGCAGUUGUGAAUCAGGGAAGCCAUGCUGUCCCAAGGUGUGAAGGAGUGAAGCUGAAUGUGGACUUACUAUCCCCAAACCCCAUUUAAUCUGACCCCUAGCACGCGCUGACUCUGGGGUGCUAUACAGAUGGACCUGUCUGGUGAUAGUUCUGUGCACCACCACGCGACCUGCUCAGUGUGUUAGGAACCACUGUAGUGAAUGGUAGGGGGUCAAAUCUGGUGCAGUGCCUGAGCCUUGCCUUAACUGCCAUAGGAAAGGCGGAGGAAAGGACUUGCCCCAGCAAAGUCCUGUAAAAGAUUGGAGUCUCUUUAAAAAAUGAAAGCAACAUAAUUAUAAACAUACUGUAUAAAAACACAGAAAUCUUCUCUGCUUCUGCCUGUGUGGAUCUGGAAAGUCCUUAGGCCCCAGCCCCAGCAAGCCACUCUCACAUGUUAUUCCCAGGCCCAGGGAAAAAAGCUAGUUAGUGGCAGAGAGAUGGAGCGUUCCAAAUAAACAGGUUACACGAAGGUCACCAUGCCAUUCCACAUCCGGAGGAGGACUGUGUGGUGGGGUUUGCCUAGCACAGUCAGUGGAAAGGGAAGAUUAGCAUGUUGGUCAGAAGAUCAUGUGACAGAAGCUGAGGCUGGGCAGAGGUGAGGGGAGAGUCUUCUCUUUGUAUGCCCCAGGUCUCAAUGGAACUGGGAACCAGAAUUUGAAGAGUGGCGGAAUUGGAAUGAUAGAGCUCCCUGCUCAGAUGUAAUGGCUCCACAGAGCAAAACAGCUGGUGUAGGACUCACCGUCAGUGAAAGGGUCACAGACUAGUGGCCAGCUGCUGUGCAGGACGUGGGCCAUUGAUGUCUUCUAAGACACUUUUCCUCCAGGGCUGAAUCUAGUGAAUGGGCAGCAGAAGGACAUUUGGUGUCUCUUCUCUGAGACCACUUUGUGAUCUCCAGCCAGACUUUGGCACGUGGACCCUCUGGAUUUGUGCUUUGUGAAGUUGGAGGCUCUGGGGGGUGGGAGUGGGGAGGAGGUAGGGAAGGGUCAACUAUGCAUUUAUACUUGCUUUUCUGGGAUGGAGAAGCCCAGUCUUUUGUAAUGCUUGAUUGCAGUUUGUGCUUGUUGAGCUAAACAAGCCUGCUGACGGAAGUUGAUUCACCUCAAAACAAAGUCAGAAUUCUGUGUUUUCAGACUACCAUGUAGCAACUGUGUGUUUAAUGACUGUAGCGUUUUCUCCCUGGGGUAUAGAAGUGUUGAUGCGGACUUUAAACCGCACUUUUCUUGUAACUAUUGUGGAAUAAUGCACAUUUCUAUGUCUGUUAUACUUGGCCAGAGUAUUGCUGUUGGUUGCUUUUUUUUAAAGGAAAAAAAAUGGCCUGCAAAAACUUUUUUAAAGACUUACAAAUACCAAAUAUAAAAUAUGUCAACACAUUA